AUGGUUCCCUCGAGAUCUGAAAAUGAACAAGGAAUUAGAGCUUUGCACUUACUUCGAGACGAGACCACAGCGAACUACGAGCUUGCGAGUGCGAAAUACGCUAAACUACUGCUGAACUUGAUGAUUUCAUGUGAUGUGGGACACCCAACAUCGCGACAAACUUCAACUAAAGAGCAUUACUCGCCACAAAAUAUUCUCAGUAAAUUUGCGUCCAAUACGGCCAAACAAUGUAUUUCACAGAAGAGCCUUCGUCCUUACGUCGAUGCUUGCGCUCAGCCCGCCUGCGGGAUGCAACUAGCUUUGGAAUUUGAGCGAAUCGAGCUAAACGAGGUCGGAAUAAUCGAAGUACCAGUCGUAUUGUCACCUCCUUUACAAACUGCCUUGUUCGCUUUGUCGUAUCGACUCGGUGAAGCGGGUAUCGCGCAUUUGUUGUCGCAGUCCGUGAGGAAACGACUUGCAUCCGAGGUUGCUGGUCUGCUCGCUUCGACUUUUACCGAUGCAGUUGAAGGAGCGGAUGCUGUUCAACGAACCUGGAUCCAACUUCUCUUCGAUUGUAAAGUUCUUAGUACCAUAUUUCCUGAUGAAAGGUUAAAAAAACUGGUGCCGGCAAUUGAAGGUCACGUUGAUCCAUUUGAUCUGAGUCUCUUAUCAUCUCAUCUAUCCACAAAUGUGAGAUUAGCUGUCAGCAGAUCACAGCUGCUCUACUCCUGGGCGAUUCUCGAACUUGCUCCCAACAAAGGAGGGCAAGGUUCGCCUCAUUAUUCACAGGUAGUGGACGUAGUGCCGAAGAUAGAGUAUCCGCAGAGGAUUCCGCUGAUCCCUCGAUUGGACCGCACGCACAUGGAGAGCGUUUCAAAGCGAGUUGAGGCUGUGAAAGCUCCACGUAAUAAGUUGCUGGCGACUACGAAUACCGGAGGAAUGAAGAGUACGCCGUCAUUGAGCUCGUUCGUCGACAAGAUCUCGUCAAGUUGGUUUGGAGGCAACUAG